CCAAGCAGCAUCCCCCGUGAAGAGAUGCUUGCACAAGCAUGUGGUGCUCAGGGAAAGGGAGUGGUUGUGGGAUGUGCUGGCGAGUUGUCUGACGAGGACUACCAUACGGUGACGGUGGCGCUGGCCUGCACGGUGGCGUGCGGAGAGGGAUGCGAGAGAGAGGCAGAGUGUAUGGCCAUCAAGGCAGAGAGGGAGGCAAAGGCAGAGGCAUUUGCCCAUCGACAGUGGUACAUGACCGAUGAAGGAAGGCAAGCUGUUAUGGCUGCUGCGGCUGACUCCAUCACCCCAGCUACCUACCUGUACUCAAAGGCCGUCGUCAAGGAGAGAGUUAGUGAGCUUAAGGCUCUGGCUGGCGUCGAUCGUCUCUUCUACGCCAUCAAGGCUAAUGCUCAUCCGGAUCUACUUCGUCUCAUGUAUGAUGAGGGUGUGUGCUUUGAGGUUGUCUCUCCUGGUGAGCUUGCUCAUGUGCUCGAGCUCUUCCCCGACCUGGCCUGUGUCCAUGACAAUGACGACGUGCCCUUCCGCAUCAUGUACACGCCCAACUUUGCUCCGCUUGAGGACUACGUCUCGGUCGUUGGUACGCCGGGCCUUUUGCUCACCAUCGACAACGCCUUUAUCCUCCGUAAGUGGGGCGCUGCGCUUGCUGGCGCUGACGUUAUGAUCCGCGUCGACACCGGCGAGGGCAAGGGCCACCACGACUUUGUCAAGACCUCGGGCAAGCACUCCAAGUUUGGUGUCCUCAUCUCCGAGUUGGCUGAGGCUGCCGAACUGGCGGCUGCCCACGGCAUCACUGUCCGUGGCCUUCACACCCACACUGGGUCUGGCAUCGGCGACACAACAACAUGGGCUGACAAUGCGGCCACGCUCGCCGCCGCCGCCGCAAACCACUUUCCGCACGCCACCAUUCUUGACGUCGGCGGUGGCUUCUCGGUCCCCUAUCACCCCUGGGUCGGCCCGCUGGACAUGGGCGGCAUCUCCGAUGCGCUCGCAUCGUUCAAGGCUGCGCAUCCGCAGUACACGCUCUUCAUUGAGCCCGGCCGGUACUACGUCGCUGAGGCUGGCGUCCUUGUCUCGACAGUGACCCAACUGAAGGACAAGGGUGAGGGCGUGCGGUAUCUCGGGACGUCGGCCGGCAUGCACGCUCUCAUCCGCCCCAUGCUCUACUCCUCGUACCACCACGUCGUCAACCUGACCGCGAUCGAGCGCGCAAGUGGCGCCCGCCCACCCGCCGCCUUUUUCAACGUUGUCGGCCCCAUUUGCGAGUCGGGCGACACCAUUGCCUACGGCCGCCCGCUGCCGGCAGACUCGCAGCCCGGCGAUGUGGUGGUUAUCGCCGGCGCCGGCGCUUACGGAUUCUCCAUGUCAUCCAACUACAACAUGCGACCGAUUGGCGAGAUCGUCAUCGAGUAAUCAGCUGUCCAGAGCUCGGUUUAGUUGUUCACUACGAGGCGCAUGACAACGUACCCAAACUACCGUUUCGUUAAGGUUAAAUGAGUUCAAAGCUGUCGU